GUGAACCCUGCAAGAAAGUCCAUAGGGCCAUAAGACUUCUAAUUAGCUUAAUCUUCUGAGUUCAGGCUACUUCUUGCUCAAAAUUGAGAGCUAUCUCUAGUACUUGACACCAAAGGCUUUCACCAACAACAUGUGUACAUGCUUGAGCUUACAACUAAAUAUCGUUAACCUAAGAAGACCUGAAGAUUAUAGACCAGAUUUGCAUGGAAUAGAUAAAGGGUCAGGAAUUAGUACCAAAAUUGGCCCAAAGCCAACUUUGAGCAGGACAAGAAAUUAGAAAAUAUAUAGUAAUCUUCGAAAAAUAUGGAGCGGCUUGAAAGAAAUAAAUAAUCAGCUUGCCUGCUACAUCUCCUAGUACAAAAAUUGGCAUAUAAUUAUCUCUAGUCCUAUCUACUCCCUGCUGUAGUCAUCGAUUACAU